CGGCGAGGAACUGUCAUGCCAACGCUGUCUCGGGAACCUCGAAUAUCCAUAGCCUACGCUACAGCCACAGUGCCCGGGGAGCUCCAGCGCAUCGUGUGACCUACGCCGACUAUCCUGCUACACCCCCUGAGAACUGAGGUGCUCCGAAUCGAUACGAGGAGACCACACAUGCUAAAUACCUGUACAGUUUCUUGAAUAGACAUCGGAGGGGGAAAAAAGAAGAGUGCAAGAUGAACAGCCUUCUUAAAAUCUUGUGCACUGUAUGCCUUGCAUUCGGUGUGACCCUGGGUCGGGAGGUGACCGUACCCGCCGGGCCUCUCUUGCGAGUGGAAGGCCAGUCGGUGGCUCUCCCCUGCUCGGUCGCCAACUACGAAGGACCCAGCGAGCAGGACUUUGAUUGGAUGCUGGUGAAGGGGGACGCUGCCACCGCACUGGACACUGUCCAGAUCAUCUCCACUUUCGACACCUCGUUCACAGAUGUGUCCUUGAGGGAGCGCGUGGCCAGCGGGGACAUCCUGAUCAAGCGUCUGGCCGACAACAAAGUGGAGCUCAAGAUCAAGGAGGUGAAAGUGUCGGACAGCGCCACCUACAGGUGUAAAACGCCCAGCACGGACACGCUGAUCGUGGGGAAUUAUCAGGCUGAUGUGGAACUUCGAGUCAUACCCAACAGCCUUGUGGUGGAGCCACGGCCCCCUGCGCCAGUCAUCCCCGAGGGUGGCACCGUGGGGCUCUUCUGCAACGCCUCCUGGGACCACACGCUGGGCACCCAGCUCUCCGUCACCUGGUCCGCCCGCAAAGGCGUGGCCACCCUGGAGGACCUGCUGACCUUCGGGCCGGACGGCGCGGUGGCGGUGACGGACGCGGCGGCCCAGCGCUACGCCAGCGGCGGCCUGAGGCUGGACCUGCACCGCAAGGGCACCUACGGCCUGGUGCUGACCGGAGCCGCGCCGGCCGACCAGGGCGUGUACGUGUGCACGGCCCGCGAGUGGACCAGAGAGGGCGGCGCCCCGUACAAGCUGCAGCAGAAGAGGACGGACAUCGGCCACGUGUCCAUCACGCCAACAGCCCAGUCGCUGAACGUCUCGGCCCACGGCAGCACCGCGCUGACCACAGGCGACACGCUGACCCUGAGCUGCCUGGUCGGGGCGGACGACUACUCCCUCCUGGGCCUGGAGGUGGCCUGGCUGGCGGCCGGCUCCCGCGUCCUGGCCCGCAUGGACCGCGACGGCGUGGUGAACGGCUCGGGCACGGACCCCCUGGCGUCCGCGGGGAUGAGACGCGUGCGCGAGGGGGAGUUCAGGCUGGUGCUGCCCGCCGUGGAGACGUCCGACGCGGGCAUGUACCUGUGCCAGGUGCGGGCGUGGGUGCGCCUCAGCGGGGGAGGCUGGUACCAGGCGGCAGAGAAGACCUCCAACCAGCUCCAGGUUCGAGUGACCCAUUUAGACACCGAUUUCAGCGUGCUCUUCUCGGCCCUGGCCACGCCCCGUCUCCCCGGCGACCCCGCCGAGCUGGAGUGCCGCGUGACCAACGUGACGCACCUGCGGGACGGCCGCUUCGCCGUCUCCUGGCACCACACGGCGGCGCCCGCCCACCUGGCCUCGCCCGGCGCCACCACCGCCGCCCAGCGCAGCGUCACGAUCGGCUCGCUGGACGCCAACGGCGCGCUCGCGCCGGGCCCGCGCCACCGCCGGCGCCUGGACGCCGGCCUGGUCGCCGUGACGCGCGAGGAGCCGCUCACCUUCAAGCUCCGCCUGCUGCAGACGGGCGAGAUGGACCUGGGCGAGUACAGCUGCAGCGUCAGCGUCUGGACGCCCGGUCGCCACGGCGUCUGGGAGAGCGCCGUCGACCAGCAGACCGCCCCCUUCAAGCUGUCCUUCGCCAUGAAGAGCCCGACGCUGCGAGUCGUGGCCCGGCGCGUUCGCGAGGCCACCCUCAGCGGCGCCACCUUCGAGAUGAGCUGCCAGGUGAUGGCCGAGAACCUGCGCGGGCCGGCCUACUCGGUGCUGAUCCACUCGCAGGCCACGCCGAGCUCCCCGCAGCGCCGCAUCGCCUCGCUCAGCCCGGAGGCGGUGGCGCGCCUGGAGGACUGGAGCGAGCCGGGCCGCCAGGACUCGGUGGUGCUGCUGCGGACCGGGCCGCACGAGUUCAGCUUCCGGCUGCAGGGCGUCCAGGUGUCGGACCGCGGCUACUACUCGUGCGAGGUGAGCGCCUGGACCAAGCAGCCCGGGGAGAUGGACUGGACCAAGGCGGUGCGAUCGGAGUCCAACCGAGUCCAGAUCUCCUUCGAACACACAGGUCCGUCGUUCGGCAUCUCCAUCAGCUCCGACUCCACCAGCGUGUACCCCUGGGAGACGGCCAAGAUGGAGUGUGCCAUGAGUGUCUCUGGAACCCCUCCAAACCCAGACGACAUGGCGUUCGAGCUGCGCUGGUUCCUGACGCGGCUGCGCGGCGCCGACAACCCGGUUCUGCUGGCCACCAUGGACCGGCACGGCGUGGUCAAGACCAGCCCGCGCAACGACAGCAGCGACGUGAGCGUGGAGCGCCUGGGCGCGCGCUCCUACGGCCUCAGCGUCUACGGCACGCAGGACAACGACACGGGCGAGUACCACUGCGCCGCCACGCCCUGGCUGCGCUCGCCCACCACUGGCGCCUGGAGCCAGGCGCCCGCCCUCACCUCCGCCAGGGUCUUCCUCAACGUCAAGUUCGCCCUGGGGGACUCCAUGAAGCUGCCGCUGCUGUACGGGGUGUGUGCCGCCGGCUUCAUGGGCCUGCUGUCUCUGCUGCUGGGCCUCAUCUGCGCCCGCUGCUGCUGCCGGAACACGGCCUACACCCCGCGCCCCCGCACCAAGCUCAUGGAGCUCGAGAUGGACUGACAACGACUGUAGAGGCCCCCCACCUCUACCACUUUCUGGACCAGCGCUAAGCAUAUCCCGACAGCUACCAGUACCACACGAGAAGGGUAUUGGCAGUGUGUGUUAUUGACCUCUGGAUGCACCAAUGAGGGGACGGGGGAGGGAUAUGAUUGGACCAGAAUGAGGAGGGAGGAGCCACUUAACAACCAAUGAAGGCCGCCAGUGGAAGCCUGGAGAUGUUAUUGCACUUGACUCUUGGCUGGAUUUAUUAGCGAACUAUCUCCAUUUUAUUUCUCUCUUUUGUUAGUGUUUUUAAUGACUUUCUGAAGAGACAAACACACACACAGAGACACACAUAUAUAGCAAACAGAGCUUUAAACCAAGCCAAUAUGUAGGAAAAGCAAUUCAUGUGAAGCUUAGAAGUUCUUAUAUUUCUUCAGCAAGGUUCUGUGCUCAAUGACCAUGGCCUUGCUAACCAUAUAUAUGAAUCCCUAGAGGGAUUCUGCCAUAAAAGUAAAUUCACCAGGACGCACAGCAUCCAGGUUUAAUGCUAAACAACUAAUAUGGAUGGUGCUAGUAAAAUACACUGAAAGCCGCCCUAACAUGGGAAAUGUAGUUCUUAGUAAAUGUUUUUAGGUGGGAAAAAAAAUCCAGUGAGUUGGAUUGUUUGUGGUUUUAAAUGUGGAAGACGUAUGCACUGACUGACAUACUGACCGACCGACCGACUGACUGACCGACGGAUCAGCUUGGACUGACUGGAGGCAACGACUGGCCAGUUCCUGGUGGGGCCGACCCUGUGCCUUUGGCCCCAGACUCACGGGCCCCCUGGGGCAGUUCCGGAGACUGCUCAUCCACCUCUGCGUCCAAGAGGAAGUGGAGCUGAAAGUGCUCCCCCCCCCCACCCCAGCCGUCCUCCCUCGCGCUCACCCCACCCCCGCCCCCAGCACCGUCCGUCCGCAUGGCAUUGUGGGAGAUCAUCUCAGAUCGGCGACCUCGUCUCUUCGAAUCGGUCACACUCCCCUUCUUUUUCUCUCUCUCUCUCCAUCCAGCUGCAGGGCGUUGACCCUAAAUUGGACCCCUUCUCCGCCCAUGUCCAACUGUGUGUGUGUGUGUGUCUGUGUGUGUGUGUGUGUGUGUAGCAUUGUGGCUCUUCUCCCUGGAGCAAUCUUCUAGCCGGCAGAGACCCGCAGAGACCCGCAGAGACCCAGGAACAAAAGCACUCCCCUCCCCUCCCUCCAUACGGAGUUUCCCCAGUGAGCCUUUCGGGAAAAAAAAAAGAGAGAGAAAAAAAUAAUGCAAGAUCUCUCCAGCAUGUCAUUGUCCUCCCACACAUCCUCCCACACACACACACACACACACUCACACACACACACAAAUACACCAUCCUCGUAUGCCUACUUGGUCCACUGAUCCAACAGAAAAGGGUUCUUGUGAAGCAGACCAGAUGGAUCAUAUCGGCAGCCAAUGGCAUCCUGGGUCCCUGAUCUGUGACCAGUUUAUUUCACAAGAGCGCCGCCCUGGUGGACUUAAUCAUUAUGCCAUGACCACAGGACACUGAGGUGGGACUUCACUGACAUGAGCACUGUUAUGUUUUGCUGUUGUUGUUACGAUGUUGAUAUAAUUAUUAUUAUAUUGUUCUUGUUAUAAUUAAUAUUAUUAUUUUUAGUUUUUUUUCCAACUUGAAAUUCUAUUGUGACAUUUUUAGCAUAUUUUGAGUAUUUCUUGAUGCUACCGCGCCAAUGUGAGUUGUUAUGACUGCGUAUGUUUGUGCCAUUUUCCCUCCUCCAGUAAGGGUAAUGUUUGAUCAGGUUUUGUAUAUUUCAUUAGAUUUUACACCGUUCUGGAUAAAAAAUGAGAAAUUAACAGUAAAUGUUUUAUAUUGA